AUGGUCAAAAAUACGGAACAUUUCAUAGAAACCAUGCGCACACAAGAAAUCCUCAACCAGGACACCAUGGUAAGCUUCGAUGUAUCCAGCUUGUUCACAAAUGUUCCCACAGAUCAAACACUCGAGAUCGUGAGAAAGAAACUCGAGGAGGACCAAACAUUAGCUGAACGAACCACACUGAGCAUACAUGCAAUUAUGGAUAUGCUCUCAGUCUGUAUCAAGACCACGUAUUUCCAGGUAGAUAACAUCUUCUACCAACAAGAAUUCGGAAUGGCCAUGGGUUCACCAUUGUCCCCGGUACUGGCAGACAUAUAUAUGGAAGAUUUCGAGGGAAGAGCAUUAGACCAAUAUGUGUUAAAACCGAAACUAUGGCGAAGAUACGUGGAUGACACAUUCGUGAUAUGGCCUCAUGGAAAAGAGACCAUCGCAGGAUUCCUAGAACACCUCAAUAACAUAGAGGAAUCCAUAAAAUUCACGAUGGAAAUUGAGGAAAAUGAACAACUUCCAUUCCUGGAUGUGCUCGUACACAAACAGGAAGGAAUUCCUCGAACCACGAUUUACAGGAAGCCAACGAACACAGGUCAGUAUCUCCACUUCGAAUCUAACCAUAACCUCAACACCAAAUUGGGAGUAGCCAGAUGCCUCUAUGACAGAGCAACUCAAGUGUGCUCCAGUCUGAACGAUAAGAACGAAGAAUUCGAUAAGAUCACAGAUAUUCUUGAGAAGAACGGCUACCCCAAGAGGAUACUAGAAAUCGCCAGAACACCGAGGGAUAACACAGAACCUCGACCAGAAACACAAACCGAAUCAACUGAAACGAUAACCACGGUCAUCCCAUAUGUGAAAGGGUUAUCAGAAAAACUCAGAAGAAUUGGUAAUAGAUACGGCGUGAGAACUGCAUUCCAAACUAAGAACACUGUCAGGGCUAACCUAACCAAGGUGAAACCUGACAACGAAAAUCAAAGAACUAAAAAUUGCAUAUACGAAAUACCAUGCGAGUGCGGUAGAUCUUACAUUGGAGAGACCAAACGCCCCCUGGACACAAGAGUCAAAGAGCACCAAAAACUAGCUCGACUGGGAGAAACAGAGAAAUCCAGGCUAGUCCAACAUGCUUGGGAUGAGGAACAUAGGAUCAAAUGGGAUGAAGCUUCCAUAAUAUCGAAGGAAGAAAGAUCGAAACGGAGGAAACUCAAAGAAGCAGCCUUCAUGGCCAUCACUCCGAAUCCCAUAAGUAUGCCGUCUCUGGAGAUCAAGGAAGUCUGGGCACCAAUCAUAAGAUCUGAUCUGAGGAAAUUGAACCCGGUCCAGGUCGGAAGCACCUCGACACCACCAAAUUAA